AUGAACAUAAGAAGCAUGCGUAAAAACUUUGAUAACUUCCUAGUAACCCUAAAAAGACUGGAUCUUGAUUUCGACGCUAUUGUCUUCAGUGAGUGCUGGCUUAAUGAGUUUGCGACGGUCCCCCUAUUGCACGGAUUUACAUCAUUUUACUCUAAAAAGUAUAUUAACAGGGCAGGAGGAGUCGCUAUCUACAUAAGAGAUAGGUGGACAGCCAACUUUUCUGAGCUGAACGUUGACGAGGGUAAUUGUAUUCUCGCAGAAGUUGCAAAUCACUUCUCAGUAGUAGCCGCUUACAGAUCACCUAGUUACACCAACCCAGAAACAUUUAUUCACUCUCUUGACGCUAUCUUAAAAACGGGUAGUCCCUCUCCUUGUCUUAUUUUUGCUGGAGACAUAAACUCAAAUAUUAUUGGGUCCGCAGCUGACAAAAACUUGCACACGGAGUACUUAGAUGUAUUAGCAGAGUAUGGACUUUUUCCAGCUAUAACUAAACCAACUCUGGUCAAAACCUGCAUAGAUCAUAUUUUUGUACCCGUAAAAUCUAAUGCGGAGUCCGUAGUAUAUCUCAAUGCUGCCACUGACCAUGAUAUCACUAUGGCAGGCAUAACAUUAAAGACACACAAACCAAAAAUACCAAAACCUAUUCGAUCAAGAGUAAUGGUUGACAUAGACUCAAUAAGAUCAGAGCUGAAGGGAAUGGACUGGUCCCCAGUAAUAUACUGCAGCUCUCUUGAAGAGUCUGUAACUCAUUUUACUAAGAUGGUAUCAGAGACAAUAUUGAGAUAUUCGAAAACAUGUGUAAUAAGCCGCUCCAAAACCACCUUACACCCCUGGAUGACUCCUGGUCUAAUCAGAUGCUCUAAACACCGCGACAAGCUUCAUAUUGAAUAUCGCAAGGACCCAAACAACCCAACUAAAAAACUUAUAUAUACGCGCUAUAGAAAUUUUUACAUAGGUCUAAUUAGAAGACUAAAAUGA